GGGGAUUCUACUCUUAAUGAACUGGCUGGGAAAUUUUUAACUGAAGUAGGGCAGAUGACUUUAUCUGUCAGUGCUUCAAUCACAGUCAGUGGCUCUUUUGAAGUGGUAGGGACUGCCAUGCAGUGUGGAUCUAUGGUAGAAGAAUGGCAACAGACUUUUCUUCACAAGGGGUCUGAGCUGGCUGAUGAACUUGCACACUGGAAAUGGCAGCCAAGGAAGGGUAACAACUCUGAGCUGGUUGAAUCUGUAAACGAGAGGAAAGUUAUAGGGGUCGAUUGCAUGGUAGAACUGAUGGACUUAUUUAUUUGUUGUAAUAGAUUCAUUUCCUGUGUGUUUUUA